CCGUUUUUGUGUUCAAAAAUAUCCCUCUACAAUACUUUAUUUGGUACAAUCAUUUACUGAAUGGAAUUUGUUUUCUUUAAAUGCUACAAUGAUUUCACUCUGUCUUUUUUUACGUCUAGUCUCUGAAAUAUUCGGGUGGAGAUCAAGCUUGCUAAAGGCUAGUUUACCUUUUCUUCAUUUACUUUGCCAUCGUGUCGUGACUUGUUAGGAACAAGUGGGUUAUAGCCAAUGUCAGUGGUGAUAAAUAUCUGUCGGGUCUUGGAAAAAAAGAGUUAUCAACUAAUUGCACCAUGGUGACCGAUGGAUGGCUCUGGGUACCUAUAAAAUGGAACUGGUGGAUGAAAAUACAAAUGGCUACGGCAGUCGUAGGGAUUCUUGGCAACCUUCUCGUAAUCGUUCUGCUUUUCCAGCGCCGUAAGAAAAGCAGGGCCACAGACACACUUAUAGGAGCCCUGGCUACCGCUGAUUUCGUCACAUCGAUCUUCAUGAUACCACUUCCAACUGCUGAACGUGUACCAAUGACGAUACUAGGUGAAGUCUACUGCAGGCUGAUAUUUAGCAAGUUUCUCUUGUUUUCUUCUUCUGCUGCAUCUAUCAUGGCACUUACGAGUAUUGCUAUCGAAAGAUACAUCGCGGUUGUACACCCACUGCGCUGCAAGGAGCUUCUCUCCCGGAGGAGAAUCCGAACAGCCAUUGUCUUGACCUGGAUUCUUGGCGUGACAUUAUACACGCCUCUUCUAUACACCAACUUCCGUAAUCCUCAACAGGAAUGUGAAUGGGGGUUCCCGUCCAGAGAAAUACAAAUUCUGAUAGGCGUUGGCCUCUUCUCAACUCAGUUUCUCAUCCCCAUGAUUGUGAGUCUCACUGUGCAUGGGCUAACAGCACGUACCCUGCAUCGUAAAGCAAAUCUUUACCUUGGUGAGAACAAAAAUCCUGAUGCAAAUCCAUCCCUCCGACAUGUCAUCGCCAAGAAGCGCGUUCUACAAACAUUGUUCUUAGUGAUAAUGUUCUUCAUCAUAUGCUGGGGGCCUAUCCAAACUGGUUAUAUGCUGUUUGACCUCGGAAUUAUACCAGUUACCUUCGUGGGUAGUACUAUACAGCAUGUUUUCAUCAUAUUGGCGUUGUGGAACUCAUGUGCGAACCCAUUCAUCUACGCAAUUCGCUAUCCAGAAUUCCGAAAAGCUAUACGGGAGCUCUUCAAUCCGAAUCGGAACGACGCAUCUUUGUUCGGUGACAGAGGCGUAAACUCAUCACCGUUCAGAACAAAUGUGUUGUAG